AUGGCAGUUGAGAAGGCUGGCAUAGCCAAAGAUGUUACUGAAUUAAUUGGAAAAACCCCAUUGGUGUAUCUGAACCAUGUUGUGGACGGUUGUGUUGCUCGUAUCGCUGCCAAAUUGGAAAUGAUGGAGCCCUGCUCUAGUGUAAAAGACAGGAUUGGCUAUAGUAUGAUUGCAGAUGCAGAGGCGAAGGGGCUUAUUACACCAGGGCAGAGUGUCCUCAUCGAGCCAACAAGUGGUAAUACUGGAAUCGGGUUAGCCUUCAUGGCAGCAGCUAAACGCUACAGGCUUAUCAUUACAAUGCCUGCUUCAAUGAGUCUUGAGAGAAGAAUCAUCCUCCGGGCCUUCGGAGCUGAGUUGGUUCUCACAGAUCCUGCGAAGGGCAUGAAAGGUGCUGUUCAGAAGGCUGAAGAGAUAUUGGCUAAGACACCUGAUGCCUACAUGCUUCAACAGUUUGAAAAUCCUGCCAAUCCGAAGGUGCAUUACGAAACCACCGGACCAGAGAUAUGGGAAGGUUCAGGCGAGAAAGUAGAUGCUUUUGUUUCUGGGAUAGGUACAGGUGGAACUAUAACAGGUGCAGGGAAAUUUCUAAAAGAGAAGAACCCUAACAUAAAGCUGUAUGGUGUGGAACCAGUUGAAAGCCCUGUCCUAACUGGAGGAAAGCCUGGUCCACACAAGAUCCAAGGAAUAGGAGCUGGUUUUAUCCCGGGUGUUUUGGAAGUCAACAUCAUUGAUGAAGUUAUUCAAAUAUCAAGUGACGAAGCAAUUGAAACUGCAAAGCUUCUUGCACAUAAAGAAGGUUUGCUUGUCGGAAUAUCAUCCGGAGCUGCUGCCGCUGCUGCAAUCAGGAUUGCAAAGAGACCAGAGAAUUCUGGAAAGCUCAUUGUUGUGAUUUUUCCAAGCUUUGGGGAGAGGUAUCUGUCCUCUGUACUGUUUGAGUCGGUGAGACGGGAAGCUGAAAGCAUGACUUUCGAGCCCUGA